GUUCGACUAGGUGAUGGCCAUCAUUCUGAGUUUGUUCUCGCUUCCAGCAGUGAAUCAAGUCUCUUGUGUCCGAUAACGCUCGAAAGCAAUCAUGCCUAAGUACGUACUGACCUACUUCAAUGCCCGUGCUCGUGCUGAGCUAAGCAGAUUGGCUCUGGUGUACGCUGGGGCUGACUGGGAGGACAAACGAGUGCAGGGAGAAACCUGGCAAGAACUCAAACCAAACUCGCAGCUAAAAUUUCUGCCGGAACUGAGUGUGGAGGGAGGUUACAGACUGAGUGAAAGCACUGUCAUGGCUCAGUACAUUGCCGACAAGCAUAACUUUGGUGGAUCGAAUGCAGAAGAGAGAGGUCUGGUUUGCAUGAUUGUAAAACAUCUUGAUGACCUAUUUACGAACAUUGUCAAGGCCCACUUUGAAAAAGACGAGGCGAAAAAGGCCGAACUUGUCACUGAGCUUGGAGAGAAGCACAUCCCCAACACGUUGACGAACCUUGAACAGAUUGCUAAGGCCAAUGACAAAGGCGUGCUUGUCGGUGACAAAAUCACAACAGCAGACCUUCAACUGCACAACGUUGCUUUCAUGUUGCUUGGGAAAAAGGACACCGCUUUGGAUGCUUAUCCAGCCCUCAAGGCGAUUAACGCGAAAGUCAUUGCAGUGCCAAGCAUUGCUGCCUGGCUGGGGAGCCGCCCGGAGAGCCAGUUCGCCAAAGAGUUGAAAGCUGACCUGUUUCCGUGGACUGUCAUAGGUUCUCACUUCUUGUCAGCGAACAGUCAGUUGCAAGUAAGUAAGUUGUUCUCUGAGUCCUGUUUCUCUCCAUUACCGACAGGCGACAUGUCCCAGAAAUACAUCUUGAACUACUUUAACGGGCGUGGGCGAGGAGAGAUUUGCAGGCUAGCGCUCGUGUACGCGGAGGCUGACUGGGAAGACAAGCGUAUUCCAUUCGACGAGUGGCCAGCUGUGAAGCCAACUACACAGCUCUCCUUUCUCCCCGCCUUGCUAACUAAUGAUGGCAAGUUUGAACUCAGCGAGAGCACAGUGAUCCCGCAGUAUAUAGCUGAGACAUGUGGCUUCGGUGGAGCCAAUGCAGAGGAAAGGUCCCGUAUUGCAAUGAUUGUCAAGUACAUGGAUGAUCUAUUCGCAAAGAUUGCAAAGGCUCAUUUUGAAAAGAAUGAAGAUACGAAGGCUGAGCUCACCAAGGAUUUGCAAGAAAAGCAAAUUCCCCCGGUGUUCAAGAAUCUGGAAAAGCUUGGCAAGGACAAUGGCAACGAUGUGUUUGUUGGAUCCGGGAUAACUGUGGCUGAUCUACUGCUGCAGAAUAUCGUGUAUGUCGUCACGAGUGAGAAACUGAACUGUAACAUUCUGGAGGAGUACCCAACCCUGAAGGGUGUUUACGAGAAAGUGGUAGCUGUUCCCGCCAUCAAAGGCUGGCUGGAUACACGACCAGACACACCAUUUUAACUUGUGUUUCUGUGGCUGCUCGUAAUCCAAGUCGUAUCAAGAUCUUUGCUGAUGGUUUGAGUUAUAUUCUGUUCCGCUAGCAAGUGACAUUGGUUUUUGUCACAUUCAAAAAGAUUUUUGUAACAAUUUGA